CCACAUCCUCCCAUGGAUUAACAGUUAACCUGACAGUCCUCAUGCCUCUGUGUGAGUCUGGACAAAGUACACAACUCUGUCAGCUGGCUUCUCUGUAGAUGUACGGAGGAUAGAUGGUACACCCUUGGUUACAAGUAUGCAAAGAUAGAACUGUUUUCUCCCUUCCUGCUUCUUCUUAAGAUGACAACACUGGAAUUAUACAGCAAGGUAACAAGUGUGUGGGUUCCUGACCCAGAUGCAGUCUGGAUUUCAGCCCAGCUCCUCCACGACUACAACCCUGGAGAAAAACAUCUACUGUUACAGCUUUCUGAUGGAACGGAGGUUCAGCACCCAGUGGUGUCUCCCUCUGAUCUUCCACCUCUGGGAAACCCCGACAUCCUGGAGGGUGAGAAUGACCUGACAGCGCUCAGCUUCCUCCACGAGCCUGCUGUCUUGCACAAUCUCCGGAUUCGAUUCUUGGACUACAGCAGUAUUUACACCUACUGUGGUAUUGUGUUGGUUGCCAUUAACCCCUACGACCAGCUCCCCAUCUAUGGAGAGGAGGUGAUCGAUGCCUACAGCGGUCAGGACAUGGCUGACAUGGAGCCUCACAUCUUUUCUGUAGCCGAGGAAGCCUACCGCACAAUGACCAGGGAGGAGAAGAACCAGUCUAUCAUCAUCAGUGGGGAGUCCGGCUCAGGGAAAACAGUCUCAGCUAAAUUCACCAUGCGAUACUUUGCUGUGGUCGGAGGAGCGGCACAGCAGACCAGUGUGGAGGAGAGAGUUCUGGCGUCUAACCCUAUCAUGGAGGCCAUUGGCAAUGCCAAAACAACAAGAAAUGACAACAGCAGUCGGUUUGGGAAGUAUAUUGAGAUUGGGUUUGGCAGGAAAGGAAACAUCAUCGGCGCCAACAUGAGGACGUAUCUGCUGGAGAAGUCUCGGGUUGUCUUCCAGGCAUCUGCAGAGAGAAACUACCAUAUCUUCUACCAGCUGUGUGCCUCCAGAGAUUUCCCUGAGAUGAGGUCACUCAAACUGGCUGCGCCUGAGAAUUUCCGCUACACCAGUCAGGGAGGAGAAAUGCAGAUACCUGGAACGGAUGAUUUGUCAGACCUGGAGCGUACUCGCAAUGCCUUCACCAUCCUGGGUGUGCAGUCUGACCAGCAGAUGGAGCUCUUCAGGAUCCUGGCAGCUAUUCUGCACCUGGGCAAUGUCAACAUCCAGGCCAGUGGGAGAAACUCUGACCGCAGUUACAUUGAUGCAGAUGAUGGUUCCCUGGCUGUGUUCUCCAAACUCCUGGGAGUGGAGGGCCCUCAGAUGGCCCACUGGCUGUGCCACCGCAGGCUCACCGUGGGGGGGGAGAUGCUGGUGAAGCCUGUGUCAGGUCAGCAGGCCGUUGAAGCCAGAGAUGCGCUGGCUAAACACAUCUACGGCCAACUGUUUACAUGGACCGUCCAGACGCUCAACUCAGCUCUGAGAAGCCAGAGGGGAAAGCCCACAUCCUUCAUAGGGGUGUUGGAUAUUUAUGGGUUUGAGACAUUUGACCGGAACAGUUUUGAGCAGUUCUGUAUAAAUUAUGCGAAUGAAAAGCUGCAGCAACAGUUUAACAGGCAUGUGUUCCACUUAGAGCAAGAGGAGUAUGUUCGUGAGGAGCUGGAGUGGAGCAGGAUCGAGUUCAGUGACAAUCAACAAUGCAUCAGCCUCAUAGAAGGGCAGCUGGGUCUACUGGACCUGCUGGACGAGGAGUGCAGGAUGCCAAAAGGCUCUGAUGAGAGCUGGGUGCGGAAACUGUACGACCAGCACGUCAGCAGCAAACCCCACCCUCACUUCCGGAAACCACGUAUGUCCAACAGUGCCUUCAUUGUUCUGCAUUUUGCUGACAUGGUGCAGUAUGAAUGUGACAGCUUCUUAGACAAGAAUCGAGAUACAGUCUUUGAAGAGCUCAUUAACAUUUUGAAAGCCAGUCAGUCUGAGCUGGUGGCUGAGCUGUUCCAGCAGCAGGUAAAUCCCUCCGUGGCCAAUGGAAGCCUUCGGUCAGGAAAAAGAGCCCACAGGGAACAUAAACUGACUGUAGGCUUUCAGUUCCGUCAGUCCUUACAGCAGCUGAUGGACACAUUAAACAGCACCACGCCUCACUAUGUCCGCUGCAUUAAACCCAAUGACCUCAAACAGCCCUUCAUGUUUGACCCAAAGAGGACCGUCCAGCAGCUCAGAGCCUGUGGGGUGUUGGAGACCAUACGAAUCAGUGCUGCAGGUUAUCCAUCCAGAUGGACAUAUGAGGAGUUCUUCAACAGGUACCGCGUUCUGCUUCAGGGGUCUCAGAUCCAGGAACAGCCUCAGGUGUCAUGCCGGCAGGUCUUACCUCUGCUUAUCCCAGACCCGGACCAGUACUGCUUUGGAAAGACCAAAGUAUUUUUCCGUGCCGGUCAAGUGGCUCUGCUGGAGCGUCUCCGAGCUGAGAGACUGCGAGUGGCCGCUGUUGUUAUCCAGAGCUGGGUCAGAAUGUGGCUGGCACAGAUUAGAUACAGUCAGAUCCGCUGGGCAGCCGUCACCAUCCAGAGAUACAGCAGAGGAACACUGGCCAGACGUCUGGCCCUCACCCUGCGCUACACCAGGGCCGCCUUAAUCAUCCAGAAGACGUACCGCAUGGUUGUGGUGAGGCAGCUGUUCCUCAUGAUCAGACAGGCCACCGUCACCAUCCAGGCCUUCACCAGGGCCACGCUGGCACGACGCAGAUACAGACAACUGGUGGCGGAGCGAGCGGCCGUGUUGCUUCAGACCAGAGUGCGUGGAUGGUUGGCGAGGCGGGCGUACCAGCGAGUGCGAGCCGCCGUGGUCUACAUGCAGUGUUGUGUUCGACGCAAGGCUGCAAGAAGAGAGCUGCUGAAACUGAAGACCGAGGCCCGGUCAGUGGAGAGGUACAGAGAGCUCAACAAGGGCAUGGAAGUAAAACUGAUGCAGCUGCAGUUAAGAGUCGACCAGGAGGCCAGGGAGAGUGUGGCUUUGAGAGACACCUUGAAUGCAGAACGGGAGGCUGCCAAUGCUGAGAUGGAGGCUCUGAGGGCAACCAUACAGAAACUAGAGAACCAGAAACAAGAGAAACCCCAGCCCUGCCCUGUUAUCAACCAGAAGGAAGCAGAGGAGAGAAGAAGAGCUGAGGAGAAAACUGCCCUGGAGAUGAAAAGGAUCACACAAGAGUUGCAGGCCCUGCAGAGAGAAAAGGACAGUUUUCAGAAAGAGAAAGAGAAUCUUUCCACUCGCUUACUUGAACAAGAAAAGACUCAAGAAGAGACUGUGCAUCAGGCUGUAUCUCAGGCAACUGCGGCUCUGAAGAGUGAGCUGGAUGAGGAGAGACUAAGGUACCAGAGUCUCCUUAGAGAGUUUUCCCGACUGGAGCAGAGAUACGACAACCUGAAAGAGAUGAGUCAGCUCACUGAGCGCAACACCAAGGGCCACAGAAGGAGCGACUCCACCCAGAGUCUGAGCUUUGAGCCUCUGUCUCCAUCCCCGACUCUCACCCCACUGUCACUGUCACCCUUCCCAUCUGCGUUCCCCUCCCCGGAGGAGGUCCGCAGGGUCAGCGUCACGUCUCCGUCCCAGGAGAGAAGAGUCUCUGUGUGGAGCUCUGAAACACCUAUGGAUCAGCUGAUGGACAGUAUGGAUGUGGCUAAAGUGAAGAUGAGAGGAGAGGACUUGGCACAUGCCUACGAUGCUGUUCGAGUGGCUAACAGGUUUCUGGAGACUCAGCUGCGUAACCAACGCAGUCAGUGGCAGGAGGAAGUCCAGGCUGUGAAGGCUCAGCUCAGUCGGGUUGUGUCUUCUGCUGCACCACAACAGGACCUGCAGGAGCUCCUCGAGGCUAGAGAGCAAGAGUGUGUCCGACUAAGAAAAGAGUUAAAGGAGCUGAAGAGCACCAGCACCCUUAGACAACUUCUGAAACAAGUCCUUUCUUCACCUUUGACCCCAGACAACUCCUGCCCGUCUCAGCUGAAGUCCGCCACCGUCAGCGGUUUACUCGAAUGCAGGAAAAGAGAUGAAACCAAACUCCUGAAGAACCUCAUCACGGACAUUCGCCUUGACAGUGCCUUGUCUUUACCUCCUGGUCUUCCUGCCACUGUGUUAUUCCUGUGUGUACGACAGGCCGACUGCAGCGGAGACCAAACCCGUGCUCAGUCUCUCUGCAGUGCCACUGUCACUGCUAUGAAGGCGGCUCUGAAGAAACAUUCUCUGGAUGUAGAUAUGACAGCUCUGUGGCUUAAAAACAGCUGUCUGCUGCAUGACCUGUUGAACCACUGCUCUCCAAAACAGACUCUUGCUUCAGAGGAAAUGGUCCCACUGACCACAGACCUGAGUGACUCGAUCCGUGCCCUCAGUGACCUCUGUAUCCAGGCCUACCAGCAGCUCGUCUUCAUCACAGAGUCACGUCUGCAAAACAUCAUAGUCCCUGCCCUGCUGGAGAGUGAGACCAUCGCGGGCCUGUCAGGUUCUGCUGUUAAACUGCCUGCAUCCAGGACCAGAGCCGGAUCAGACCCCCGCGCCGCAGGAGGUGAUGCUCCCACCAUGGCGGCAGUGCUGAGGGAGAUGGGAGCCCUGUACACUGCACUGUCCCGUCAGGCUCUGCCCCCCACGCUGCUGGAGCAGGCCUUCCACCAACUCACCUACCUCAUCUCUGCAACCGCUUUCAACAACAUGCUGCUCAGGAAGGACAUGUGCAACUGGAGCCGUGGCAUGCAGAUACGCUAUAAUGUGAGUCUGCUGGAGGAGUGGCUGCGUGAACGAGGUCUGCAGGCAGGGGGCGCUGUGGCCACACUGGAGCCUCUCAUCCAGGCUGUGCAGCUGCUGCAGCUGGGCAAAAAGACAGAUACACAGGCACAAGCCCUGGUCCAGACCUGCACUGUCCUGUCCACUCAACAGAUCGUGAAGAUACUGACCCUGUACAGUCCUCAUAAUAACCUUGAUGAAAGAGUCACUCUGAAUUUCAUCCGUACUGUCCAGGGGCUCCUCAAAGACCGGACUGACAGCCCACCUCCACAGCUCCUAAUGGAUGUGAGGCGAGUGUUUCCUGUCACAUUUCCCAGCUCGCCUCCCCCACUCCCCCACGCUGACCAGUUAGACAUCCCAGACGCCCUCAAGAUCUCCUUUCUACGCAAAGUCUAAACAGAGGAACACCAAACUUCUUUACAUCGUCAGCAUU